CUUCGGGAAGGAAGAUCAGGGCAACUGUGAGAAUUACACUGAAGAGAUGGGAACUGGGAGUUGCGGCCUCAAUUAAACUGUUUUAUUUUUUAUUUUUUUUAUAAUUAUUAUAAAUCUUCGACAUUUUUGAGGGAUAUCUUGGGUUUGUAAAAGAGCCAGCGGCCCGGGCCUCAGUCCGCGGUCUUGAGUUGAUCAGCUAUCCGACAUCAUAGCGAUUGAGUCGGUGUGAAGAGCGCACAGUAUGGGUGAUAGCAGAGAUUCCUGCAGUCCAGACAGCUCAUCCGUGUCCUCAACACCUUCAGGCCAGCGUUCGCCCCCACUGGCCCCAUCCGCCGCCACUUUGACCUCCCUACCACCCAUGACAUCAGCGGUGAACAGUCCCAUUAGCAGCAUAGGCUCGCCCUUCUCUGUCAUCAGCUCCUCUCUGGGAUCUCCCUGCCUCCCCGGAACUCCCUCUGUGGGCUACGGACCCAUCAGCAGCCCACAGAUGAGUAUGUUUCCCAGAAACGCAGAGAUCAACUCAACCGUGUCCAUGUCGGGCCUGCAUGCCGUCAGUAGCUCUGAUGACGUGAAGCCACCAUUUGGUUUGAAGCCGCUGUCCGCCCACAGUCCUGGACCUAUGGUUUCACAGAAACGUUUAUGUGCUAUCUGUGGGGAUCGCUCCUCUGGUAAGCACUAUGGUGUGUACAGCUGUGAGGGAUGCAAGGGCUUUUUCAAGCGGACUGUGAGGAAGGACCUGAGUUACACAUGCAGAGACAACAAAGACUGUCUGGUGGACAAACGCCAGAGGAACCGCUGCCAGUACUGCCGUUACCAGAAGUGCCUGGCCAUGGGGAUGAAGAGAGAGGUGGUCCAAGAUGAACGACAACGAUCCGUUCAGGAGGAGCGUCAGAGGAACAAGGAGCGGGAUGGAGAGGUGGAGUCCACCAGUGCUGUGAACGAAGAGAUGCCAGUGGAGAAGAUUCUGGAAGCAGAGAUGGCCGUGGAGCAGAAGACCGAACUACAUGCAGAUGGCAGCUCAGGGGGAAGCUCUCCUAAUGACCCGGUCACUAAUAUUUGCCAGGCUGCUGAUAAACAGCUGUUUACUUUGGUGGAAUGGGCAAAACGGAUCCCUCAUUUCAGUGAGCUGUCCCUGGAUGACCAGGUCAUCCUACUGCGUGCUGGCUGGAACGAGCUGCUGAUCGCCUCGUUCUCUCAUCGCUCCAUCUCAGUGAAGGAUGGCAUUCUGCUGGCCACUGGCCUCCACGUGCACAGGAACAGUGCUCACAGUGCUGGGGUGGGAGCCAUCUUCGACAGGGAGAGUGCGCACAAUGCAGAGGUUGGGGCCAUAUUCGACAGGGUUCUGACAGAGCUGGUGAGCAAGAUGAGGGACAUGCAGAUGGAUAAAACCGAGUUGGGCUGCCUUAGAACAAUCAUCCUUUUCAAUCCAGAUGCAAAAGGAUUGUCAAGCCCCAGUGAAGUGGAGUUACUAAGAGAGAAGGUUUAUGCAUCGCUGGAGGCAUAUUGUAAACAGCGAUACCCAGACCAGCAGGGCAGGUUUGCCAAGCUCCUCCUCAGGCUCCCAGCGCUGCGCUCCAUUGGCUUGAAGUGCCUAGAGCACCUGUUCUUCUUCAAGCUGAUUGGCGACACCCCAAUCGAUACUUUCUUAAUGGAAAUGCUUGAAGCGCCUCAUCAGCUCAGCUAAUCUGGAUCUUAAUCCAGUUCAAUCCGGUUUGCACCAGGGUAUCACAGUUCCUCUGGGGCUUUACUGUCUCGUAUCCCAUUAACACCUUCCCACAGUUCUCCCCCCACCACCCCCCACUCACCCUUGCUGCACCUUUCAAAUAAUACAGCCUCGAUAAGACUUGAAAAUUGUCCGGGGAUAAAAAAGUUUUUUCCCCAUGUGACGUUUUACACCGUAUGAGGUUUUCAGAGAGAUUAUUUUUAAAAUUCCCUGCCGGUUCUAAAUUGAAUCAUAAGCUUCAAAGACUUCCAGUUUUAGAACUCUCAUAUUGAUUCUAGAGAUCUUUGUGUGUCGUUUUUGGUUUGUAUGUUAUUCUGAAUGCACGAAAUGUAUAUUUACGUUUGUUAAUGCAGUUAGAAAGUCUGCCAGCAUGUUUGACCAGGGUGAGAAUUUCAUCCAGCGUGCCCAUUGGCUGGUACGAAUCAAGUUACGCCAAACCCACCCCUUUUGUAGUCCCAUAAUGUAAUGUGACUGUGAAAGACUGCUUACUUGCUAUCUUUGGGCUUAAACCUUGAAUUCAUAAUUUGUACUGUACUCAUGAAAUGAGUCCAAUUUCUAAAUGGCAAUGCAUCUGGCCAAAAUGAAAUUCAGGCCGGGGUUUUACAUUUGUGAAUAUAAAUGUAUGCAGGUUUUCAAUUGUUGGACAUUAAUUUUUGAUCAUGUUCCAAAAGAGGGCCUAAAGGCACAGAUAGAAUCUUGCAGGAAAAUCCUGCUUUAUUUUUGCGGCAAUAGGAAGGUCGAACUCGUUUUUUGUGAUUUUUAAUUUUUGUUUUGUUCCUUUGAUGGGGAGUUGCAUUGGUAGAGGUUGUGGCACCUUCUAGAGGACAUUUUACCUGUUGACAUUUUAUAAUUCUCCAUGUCUUGAUGAUCAAUUUCUUUACAAUUUUCUUUCACAACUUUUAAUUCCUGAAAUGGUAACCCAUCCCCCCCCCCUCCAAAAAGACUAAUAUUUAUGAAGUUUCGGUGUGUGUGAUGUAUGAAAAUGUCCAACCACUCUUGUCCUUUCCCACUUGAUCGGUGUAGCAGGCCUUUUUGUUGUGUGUUCAUUCACCUAAAUCUGUUCGUCAUCAGGCUCGUUUGGAUUGAACUGGUACUAAUGUUGGCAUAGAAAAAACAAAGGUGGUUCUGGUUUGCAUAAUGUGUUGGGAUGGCCCCGCAUUGGCCAUUAUGGUGUAGUACUUUAUAAAAGGACCUUCUACAUUCCAUCUGUACUGGUUGCUGUGCAUCCUCAAGUAGCUUUGAGGAUCAAAGUAGCUAACUGAACCCCUGAAUCUUGCAACUUAAGCCGGCAUCACACUAGCAGACACAAAACAACUCAAUUUUGGCUGAGGGUGUCACACCUGUCCACUGUUUUGCUGAGAUCUCUCUUCAGUCGGAGGUAUGACACAAUUGCCUCCGCGUUCUGAUUUUAUAAGUAAUUUUAGGGUGGAAAAACGCUUGGUGACACAACUUUGAUUACAAUCAGCAGUUGUGCAGACAUGCAUCUGAGUGCGAUGAAAACAUUCAGUUCUUCAAUAAAAGAAGCCCAUCGAUCACUUGAAGCCUGCCGCAGCGAAAUUUUUUUUUCAGUCAUAUUGGAUCCUUUUUUCCUUUUGCUGGACCCUUUAACUCAGGGGGAGUCCUGACAGUCGACCUCCCGCUGGCAGUAGCUAAUGCACGCUUUGUCUUUCUCCGCCUGCCGAUUAUGCUAAUGAAACUCAUACUUGAAAAUCCCUGGAAAAAUCGGCUAGUGUGAUGCUGGCUUAACCAGAGUGCAAACUCAUGUAUUAUGUCUUAUUCAGAAGGGACUGAUGCCACUAAGGUUGUUAUGUUUGCGUUACAUUGUCAGUAUGAAAGUCAGACGUGUGAUUCUCAUGAAACAUCAAGAAAAUGUCCAUGUCCUGUUGUACUUAUUAAAAACUAAUUAUAAAUUAUAUUUUGUCCUCAAAGUGAUUUACGGAGCAAAAUAUCUUAAUCAUCCACAAUGUAGGUAAUGAUGACUUUUAUUACCAUUGCACAGUCAUGUUUUGACUGAAUCGCUGUUAAAAAGAUGCAGAUUUCUUGUUACAAAACAACAGUCACAUUUUGUAUUGACUUAAGGUUAAAUAUGACCAGGGCCAUUUUCAUGACAUGUUUAAUGAGAAUCAUCCAGAUGUGUCCAUACACCAGCAUUGAUUACAAUCUCUAUGCAUCUGAGGAAAGAGACUGGUGUAGAGUAGAAUUCUGGCCAUUAAACAAGAUAUUCAAUUCAGCAAAUGCACCAGUGUUGAUGUUUUGUGCUCUUGUGAUGUAUACCUGUUGGCUUUAAGGUGCUCAUAUCAUAACCAAUCUGUCCAAGUACAUGUAGGAAGGUAGGUAGACUUGAUGAAAUACUGACAAUAUUUGAACAUUUUAUACAAUGUAAUAGCUAGAGAUUGCAAGUGGUCCCACCUGUUUUGGUGCUAACGACAAUGGUUAGACAAAUGUCAACUACCGUAUAGACAUAUACACCAGUGCAUGGCAUACAUUCAACCACUGGCCAAAAUAUGCAAUGAGACCAUAAUCAAAAAAGCUUGAUUUUGAAAUAUACCCCCAUUUAUGGUUUAAUACGCCAUCUACUGCAUAAUAGUUCAAAUUGUAAUCAGCAAGUACUUUGAAACUACUUUUAAACCGUUUUACAAAGGUUUUAUACAUCUAGAAGGUGCUUAACUUUCCUGUUGUGAGUUGAAUCAUAUGCAGAACUCUUGUCAGAUGAGUACAUUAGCCACAUCGUUUUUAGCUUGCAAAGGAAUUUGAAAAUCAGAUUAUAUCAAUACAUGCUUGCUAUAUGUUGUGACUGAUUCCAGACUUCCAAUUAAAGCUUUUUUGCCCCAUUGGAUCUCUUCCUUCCAUUUUGUUUGGUUAGGACCAGUGGUAGAAAGGAUCCUGUCUUGUGGUCGUUUGUGUAUUUCACACUCAACCUCUGGUUCUGUAUCGUUGGCAUCCCAGGAGUUAAGGUUAUUCAAGAGUUUUGUUUGCCAUUGCAUGUUGAAUCUACACAGCUUUUAUUAAUCCAGAAUUUGAAGCAAAUUCCUUCGGUGCUGAUUGUUUGCUCUGUAUCUGAAUAGUGGGAAGGCACUUUUGAUCACAUGCACGGUUUGCUUGUGUUUUCUUCUGGGCCACUUGAGCCAGUCAAUCUAUGUGAGGUGUGUGCGUGUUUCCAUCAUUGCAAAACAAAUGUCCUGUUUUGUGCGCGAAAGAUGCGUAAACAAUGCGUGAAGGCCCUCAGUGGAGUUCAUGUAUGGUGAAAAAUGAUUCACUGAUUUAUAAAAGUUUCCUUGAAAUGGAAUGCAAUGGCCCUGUCUUCUAUUACUUGAUUGUGGUUUAUCACAGUUUUACACCGUGAACUUGCUUAUUCAAGUGGCCGACCUAACUUUUAUUUCUCCACAAAAUGUUAAAUUUUUUUCAUAGUCAUAUAUAUUGAAAAGCUGUAUGAAUUAGUUAGUUGCAAAGUAUUCAUAAAAAUGAAUAGAAAGCUUGCGUACAGAUUUGUUAUUUUUAUCCAUUCUCUGUUUUGCAGUGACAGACAGUAUCCCCUGAGUACCCAUGAUGCACCUGAAAUGAAUGCAGCACUGCCAAACGGGUUGCAGGGGAUCUGAUUCUUGAGGGUUUCUAACCUCUACUUGAUUGACUGACUGUACUGUGUAAUGAUCACUUUAAACAGAUCCCCUUUUGCAGCUAUUUGUACAGGACUGAGCAAAUUGGUGUUGCAAUUUGUUUCACGUGUGGAAAGCCCUCCUGUUUGUGUGUUUGAAGCGGAAUGGCACUCUGAAAACUUGAAUUAAUCUCUGCCUGAGAAUGAAGUGGUUAUGUUUCUGUCUGAGAACCAAUUCACUUUAAUCUCCGGCUUAUCGGUGAAUGUUUGCUUCUUAAAGACGCAUAAGUGAAGUGAUUUCUGGGCCGUUUUUCACCCUAAACCCCAAUUUUUUUUUUUUUUUUUUUGCUUUUGCAUUGACAUUAUUUUUAUGACAAUUAAGCACCCCAGACCCUAUUCUCAUUACUGUAAAAGUAUAUUGUUUAAAUUGAAGUGUUUAUUCAUCAUGGUAGUAUUUGUUUUGCUGCCUAUGUUGAAUGAACAAAGCAUUCUAUUACAGUAGGGAUUUUUACUGUAAUAUUGUUAAAUUACUGUAUUUCAGUAAGGAAUCAAUGAGGAUUUGUGGGGGAACCAUGUUUAUUUGUCCUGAAAAUACUAUGCAAAAAAAAAAAAUCAGAAUGGUCCUAAAUUCAUUCUUAUGCAAACGUGUAAAUAUAUAUAUUUUUCUUUUUUGGCUUUGGGGUGAAAUGUGACCUGAACAUGUAUUCAUGAGAUUCACCCAUACAAGGACAUGUUGGAUGGAGUUGCAACUGAGGGAGGGCUCUAAAAUAUUAGAUUUAAUGGGAGACAUAAAGAGACUCCAAAAAUGAUGUGAAAGUGCUUUUUAACCCCCCAAAAAACAUUCUUAUGCAAACUUUUUUUAUGCUUUACAUAUGUGUGUAUGAUGUAUUAUUGCAAAAUGUGUUUUGUUAUUUGGGGUCUUCUUCCCACCCACACCCUUCCCUCUUCAUUUUCUUGUCUAGUUUUAAAUCUGUCUCCAGCAUUUGUGGAAAUAAUGGACUGUACUGAGUGUGGAGACAGGGGAAAAAAAAAAAGUGUUUUGAUUUUCUUUUUCAUUUAAUUCAGAAUCUGUUUUGUUUGAUGUUAUAAUGUGUAAGUAAAGGUUUUAAUA